CCCGGCGUCUGAACACUGGUUUAUAUCAUUGGUGGGAAAAUCAAAUUAGGGUCUAGGGCUUGAGAAGAGAAAUGAACAGUCAGUGGGAGAAGAAGAAGAAAGCAAGAAUCACAAGUGAAGAUGGAGAAGACAGAAUCAGCAGAUUGCCAGAUGAAUUGCUUCAUCAAAUUCUCAAGUUCGUAGAUACCAAAUUAAGUGUUCAGACCAGCGCUCUCUCCAAACGAUGGAAGCGUGUAUGGACUACUCUCCCCUUUCUCAACUUCAAAUGGAAUCACUGGUAUUCAUGUCCGAAAAUGAGUAAUUUAACUCGUCAGGUAAUGAUUAAUCGAAACUAUCAAUCCCAGAUUUCAUGUCUGGAGAUGGCUAUGCUGCCUCAAGGCUUAAUGACUGAGUUUAUUAGAUAUGCUAUUGUUCGUCGUGUUCGAUACUUAAAUGUUCAUUUCCGGGCGGAACAUAAGCCGUUUAAGUUAUCAAAUUUUAACUCUGUAUAUAUUGAGAAACUGGAACUGACAAUUAAACUUGGAGAUUGUGUGUCAAAAUCAGAUUGUUGGGAUUUACCUGCUUUAUCGACUCUUUGCUUGACACGCAAAAAUUUUUGUGGGUUUAACCGGUUUGACGUUGACAAGUUGGCGGAAAUAUAUGUAACCUGCUUGCCUGCGUUGAGAAAUCUGUCGCUUGAAAGUUGGGAUUUGCAGUCCUGUGCUUUUCGUUUACCUGAAUUAACAUCUCUCGUUGUGCGUAUGUGUAAAUUGCCCAGUAAAGAUUGGGAUUUGCCAGCUUUGACUAGUCUAACUCUUGAUGAUGUACAAUAUCCUGAGAAUAUGAAGGACCUAUUUGCUGCACUUGUCAGUUUACAAAAUCUUAAAUUAUUUCACAAAGAGGUUUCUAUAUGUAAUUGUUUUGUACAUUGUCCUGAAUUGGUGAACCUGGAGAUCGAGACCCGCUACAACCAGGACAAGGGGAUUCCUACUAGUAAAAUUGUGGUUUUUGCUCCAAAGCUAAAGAAAUUUACUUCUAUUGGUAUCUUCCCAGUAACUUUUGAGGAUACUAAGUUGGACUAUGUAAAUGUAAGACUAAAGGGUUGGAUAGAUGCAAAAAGCUUCUCGCGGCAGAAGAUGAAAGAAUGUUAUCAACAGCUUACAAGUAUGCUACCAGGACUUGGUAGUGCUAAGAUUCUUAGUCUUGACUUGGAGAUCAUUGAGGCACUUCUCUGGAUUUUUGACUUUCUUGUAAGUUUCCCUUCUCCAUUCUGUGACUUGGAGUAUGUAAAGCUGCCACUUGGAUGUAAUGAGGCAAGUUUAUCCAGUACUCUGAGAAGCUACUUACUUGGUGGCUCCCCAGCAGCCACCAUGGUCACGGCAUUGCCACAGAAUAUAAUUUCUCGUAAAGAGGCAUCUACUGUGAAAGCCCAAAAUGUGGUGCGACAAGAGCCGGGAUCUCCAACCAAAGUGUUGAUUAAUUCUCAAUAUGUACAUAAAAGUGUGUUUGUCGACACUGCACACAUGGGAGUGCAGGAAGAGCUUGUGGGGCAGAACUCUUUAUUAGAUGGUGACAGGGUUAGACAAAUAGGUGCACCAGUUAAAAGGACAGGCAGUGGUCGGGUAAGUUCUUCUGGGGGUAAUAGUGAUUUUAGGUUAUGGCAGGGCCAUGAGGUUUACUGUGAGUUUGUAUGUCUGCUUGAUCGCAUUAUGGAUAAGUACCCAGAAACCUUUGAGCACUUCACCACUAAAAACAAGAAAUUUUGUACAAUUAAGCUGAAUAUGUUGUGCACCUCUGUGAAUGACUUUACCAAAAUUUCUCUGAGUGAUGUUGAUGCUAAGACGAUAGCUGAGUACAGGGAAGUAUUUGCGGAGUUGCAGGAAUUCGGAUUCAAUGUGAGUUGGCUUUUGGGUCGUCUGAACUAUAUAGAACAGGUCCGGUUUUCACAGCCCCUACUUUCGGAGAUUCAUGCGAUCGACUGUCAUAUUGUUGAUGCCAAAAGUAAGUUACAAGAGUUUCAGGUUUGUAUUGAUGAUACUAAAUCUAAAUUAAAGGAUCUAGAGACUCUUCGUGCUGAAAAGAUGCAUGCGAUUCAGAAAGCUUUUGGACCUAUGGCUACAAACCUUGUUGUUGGCUACGUAGGAGAUGAUCUCUUGUCAAGUCCAGAGUUUCCCCCUGAUCAGUCACAUGCUUGAGAGUUUUUUUUGUAGGCCUUUUAACUUUUUAUAGUUUCAGGUGCUCAAGUCUUUGGUACCUUUGAACUUUUUGAUGAUAGUAAAAUUAAAUUGAAGGCUCUGGAGACUCUCCGUACUGAAAAGAUGGAAGAGAUUCAGAAAGCUUUUGGACUUACGAUCACAAACCCUUAGUUUUCUCAUGAUGAGUCGCAUGUUUAAGAUUUGUUUGUAUGCCUUUUAUGUGUAUUCUACUCAGGUAUUCAAGUCUCUGGUAUCUAUUGUCAUCCUGCAUGUAGACUUUAUGUUAAAAUGUCCUUGUGUUUGAAGUUUUAAGUUUCUG